AUAGGUGGAAAAAAAUGUCUAACAGAAAUACCUACUGAUAUUUCUAUAAAUAAUGUUAUAUUUGUGACUUUUCAUUUUGAAUAUUGUAGGACUUCUGGAAGAAAUGUGUGCUCACUCACAUAACUGAUUUUCUAGGAUAAAUAUUUGACCGUUCGCAAAUGUCGCCAUACUGGGACAUACUUCUCUUCCACUUAUUUAUUUAUUUAUCUAUUUAUUUAUUUGAUUGAUUGAUUUGCAAUUGCGUCAUUUGUCCACAAGAGCUGCACUUGUUCAGCUAUUUACAGUAAACUAAAUCUGAUCGUUUUCUCUCCCAACAAGUAGGCCUACACUUUCACUGCAAUUUUACUGAGAAAAGGUCAAAAGAAAUUGAAGAUUAAAAAAACAUUUAAAAAAAACAUCAUCAUACAAGUUUGAGCUCUUAUCUUUGUCUUAGCACCACCUCCACCUGUAGCAAAUUUGUCCAUAAUAGCAGGGGGAGCACAUCCUGACAGCUGAGAAUAUUACAUCAGAUACUGUUCAAUAAGAAAGAACGCUUAUACACGUGUCAAAUUCAUACUGCUGACUUCUUUACCCAGAACAGGCAAGUCCUGUGUGUGUGGGUUUUGUUUUUUUUUUUGUAGUGUGCUAUCCCGUAAUUUGUCCAUCAUAGAAGGGGGAAUGCCUCCUGACAGCUGGGAAUGUCAAGAUGUCACAUAUGAACAACAUAUCUGAAGACCGUUUGUUUCUCCUUCCUUACCACAUGCAAAUUUCUCCUGUGAUUAUUUAUUGUAGGCCCAUUGUUGAGAUAACACCAUGAAUUUGGUUUUAAGCACAGGAGUCCAUCUGAUUGUUCACCUGUUAAUCCUGCAGUGCCAGGCUUUUACCGUCAGAUACAUCUUGGUUAAUGAACCUGUGACCUUCCCAUGUAUCUGCUCUGGAAACCAACCAGUGGUUCUGUGGAUCCGCUUCAUUCCCAGUAGUGCUGUCAUUGCUAAGUGUGACAGCCAGACAUGUCGGAUUGAACAGUAUUUUCAGAAAAGGUUUGCAGUAUCAGGAGAUACCAGCAGCGGAAAUUACUCCAUAAGUAUCAGUUCAGUCGUCUACACUGAUGCCGGUUCCUACAGGUGCAGCUGUGAUGGACAUCCAGUUACUGAAGAAAAGCUUCAGGUGUAUGUUCCAACAGUCAUAAAGGCAUUUGAGGGGGAGAACGUCACCCUCCCCUGCUAUGGAGACACUCGGAUUGAUGCCAUGAAUGUACAGUGGAAGAAAGGUGAAGAAACAGUGCUGGAAAUCACUUCUGCGACUACCGGCGACGUCUCAGCAGGCAGAUGUUCGAUCUCAAAAGAAGGCUAUCAAGAUGGCGACCUCUCACUCCACAUCAGUUCAGUUAACCGGUCUGAUGCUGAAUUUUAUCGCUGCCUUAUUCACGAUGAAUCUCGUGAUGGAGACCCACGUGCUGUUCUACUAAAGGUGGAAGAACGCCGACCUGAGCACCAACCACCCCCAGCCUGCAACAGCAACACAGAAACAGCAUUAGCAGUAAUACUAGCACUGGUCAUCCUCGGAGUGAUUAUUUACUGUGUGAGAAGAUUCAAAGUAACUAAGAAUAAGGCAUCCACCGAUCCAGGGCCUCCUGUUCAAGAGGAAAACCAAAUGAUCCCAAAGCCUUCUUCAACACGGAGAUUCCAGGACUAGUUCAUAGUUAAAGAUCUGCCACACUGUUUUUUUUUUUAUUUAACAUUUCUUAUGAAGGGAAGCAAAAUUUGAUAUUAAGGGAUUAGAAAUUUUUAAAAACGUAGAAAUUCAGCAAAGCUGUAGGAAUGCCAUGGUGGUGUCUAGGGAUGUCACGAUACCAAAAAUCUAGUAGUCGGUACCAAUACCACCAAGAGUACAUGAUACUCGAUACCAAAGUCGAUACCACGGUGUGGUAUAAAAAUUAAAUUAAAAACUCUCCUGGAGGACAUCCUCCUCUGGCUGAUACUGGCAAAAAAGAGAGAGGGAGGGAUAUUAUAGUUAUCAAACAUUGUCUGACAAUGAGUGGAGUGACUCCUAAACUCGCGCACGCAUGUACACACACACACAGACAGACAGACAUCCUUAUACUCUGAAUGCAAGCAUUAGUUUAAAUUCACUGAUAUGCUGGCAGGCCAAAAAGAUUUAUUAAAAGCAUGAACAUUAGAAUAAUUGUUAGUGACAUUAGGCUACAUUUUGCUGACAGGACACGGGCUGAAUGGCGAUGCAUGGUGGCCCAUUAGGAGGUAGUUUAUAACACUGCAAUGUGUUUGCGUCGUUAACAAAUAACUGGCUAUCGCAAACAUUACAUGGAGCGUAACGUUAGCUGGUUUAACGGCCACAAUGCCAGCUGCCUCAAACAAACAUAAUAUAGGACCUGUGUUUCAGGUGCGUCGCCAAAUUCCAGGUGUUUCCUCGCUUUGUUUGGAAUGAACGAUAGCAUCGGUUGCACACUGGCUUCACAGCAUCAAUUAUAUGUUUGUUGUCAUCCGCCUCGAAUGCGAAAUAUUUCUAUAUUCCAGACCACCUUUCCUCUCAACGAGUCACGGUGGAGCUAAACUUCUGUAGUUUUUCCCGUGUGUUUGUAGUUGUUGUUCUUCACCAUUUGUGGACCGGCUAAAACACCUGCGCGUAUUUGCUUCCCCCGGUCAGGUUCGGAAGAAUUGCAAACUCGGUACUUUCAUUAGAAACGGUACCAACACUACUGCAUAAAAACAAGUACCGUCACGUUUUAAGAAUGUUGGUACCGACUUGGUACCAAAGUAUCGGUUCUCGUGACAUCCCUAGUGGUGUCUAAUGGUGGUGUCUAAGCAUCUUCUAUGGUGUGUAGUUAGUUCUCUUUGUUUUGGUGUGCCGAUAUUCCUGCUUUAUUUCAGUCAUUUUUGCAGUUCACAUGAAAGAAAUGUGAACUCGGACUUUGAAAGAGCCAGUUUUACAUGCACUAUGAACUGAGCCAUAUAGUUAUACCGUAUGUUAUCAUGCUGUAUAUUUAUACAUGCUGUAUAUACAGGUACAUCUUUUAAAAAAUUGAAUAUUGUGGAAAAGUUAUUUUUUUUCUGUAAUUUAAUUAAAAAAGUGGAACUUUUGUAUAUUCUAGAUUCAUUACACAAAGUGAAAUAUUUCAAGCUUUUUUUGCUUUAAUCUUGAAGAUUACGGUUUACAGCUCAUGGAAAUCUUAAUUUUUCUUCUGUAAUUGUUCUUUGUAGUUUAGAUGUUUUGUAAAUUAUAGAGGUGUAUAAUUAACUUAUUCUUCAUUUCUGCUAAGAUUUGGGUAAAUGGGAAAAUUUGGGUAAU